AGCGAAACUGCGCGUGCGCUCGUGUUCUCACGCUCGGAUCAGUCAGAGUAAAACUGGAGUCUCGUCUGUCCACGCUGAGCGGUUUCACUAUGAACACGCAUGUUAUUUACUAACAGCCUGAGCAGCGCAGAGCGUCUGUUUUCAAAGAUUUUGAAAUGAAGAAGGACAUUGAUACUCUAAUAGCGGAAGAACGGGCUGAGAUCAUCAGAAAAUAUGAGAAGGGCAGGCAGGAGGGUGUGCACAUUAACCCAUGGGAGGAUGCAGACUACAGCAUCUACAAGGUCACGGACCGCUUCGGUUUCCUGCAUGAAAAGGAACUGCCAACACCGACCGCGGCGGAGGAGAAGUAUAAACUCCAGGAGGUUGAAAGGGAGGAAAAAUGGGUUAAGAUGGUGAAAAGUUGGGACAAAUACUGCACAAGUGAAAAGAUGAUGAAGCGGGUAUACAAGGGGAUUCCCUUAAAGCUGCGCGGUCAGGCCUGGGCUCUGCUGCUGGAUGUGAAAAAUGUGAAAGAAGCGAAUUACAGGAAAUACGAGACAAUGAAGGAACAAGCCAAGAAGUAUUCAACAGAAAUUAAGCAGAUUGACCUGGAUGUCAACAGGACUUUCAGAGACCAUAUCAUGUUCAUGGAACGCUUUGGGGUCAAACAGCAAGCCCUGUUCAAUGUGCUGGCAGCGUAUUCAGUCUACAACACGGAAGUGAGCUACUGUCAGGGCAUGAGUCAGGUCGCUGCCAUUCUGCUCAUGUACAUGAAUGAGGAAGAUGCAUUUUGGGCUUUAUCACAGCUACUGACCAAUCAGAAACAUGCCAUGCAUGGAUUCUUCAUCCCGGGGUUUCCCAAACUCCACCGUUUUCAGGUUCAUCAUGACCAAAUACUGUCCAAACUCCUUUCCAAACUGAGGAAACACUUGGAAAAGGAACAGAUGUCCACUGGUAUCUACACAACCAAAUGGUUCCUUCAGUGUUUUAUUGACAGGACACCCUUUACACUCACCCUGCGUCUUUGGGACAUCUACAUAUUAGAAGGAGAAAAAGUUCUAACCGCCAUGGCCUAUACGCUCCUCAAAUUGCACAAAAAGUGUCUUCUGAAGAUGUCUCUGGAGGACCUGAGGGAGUUUCUGCAGGAGCGUAUUGCUUCUUCCUUCAACAUGAGCGAUGAUGCAGUGAUUGAGCACCUACAGUCGUCUAUGUCAGAACUCCGCAGGAUGAAGCUUGACCUUCCUCCUCCAGCCAAGGGAGAUGAGUUCCCAAAGAUACCCCUGGGCGAAGAACGUCCAAUAGAACUGCUUCCAGUAAACAAGACGGAGUGUGUACCCUUACCACCAUCAGCACACAACAAUCAAAACUCAACAAAGCCUCAGACAGAAGGCAACACCACCUACAAGCAGAGCAACGAAAAACAAAUCCCUACCAUUACCUCAUCCAAUUCCCCACUUUCAAAGCACACCCACUUAAAUUCCAACUCUUUAUUGUCACAAGCUACUCCUGAAGAACCAGGAACCACAGUGAAGGAUGAAGCCAGUGCACCUGUACAAAGACCAGAUAAUUUACUACACCCAGAAUCUGCACCGCUUUCAGCAGAGACUCUUUCGUUGAAAAAUGAAUGUGUUAGUAGACCCCUAUCAGCGGUGUCUGACGAUUGGCUUCCUCCAUACCAACCACCCAUAACAGAUUCAUCCAGUAUCCACUCUUUGAAUCUCCAAGAAUUACCCCCUCCACCUCCUCCCUGUACCGAAGAAGAGGAUGAGCUUUCACCUCCGGAGGAGGAUGUCCCAUUUUGCCUUGCUCCAGCUCCACCACCAAAUACCCAACCAUUGGAUCUCAUUGUAGAAGAUCCAUUUUCGUCACCUUCCUCGUUUAAAUCCUAUCGCCAGCUAAACAAGUUUCCGGUCAACUUUUAUGUGCCACCAUCACCAGGUGACCGGAGACCUUCGUAUUACGACAACCUCUCAGAAGAGGAGCAUCAGUCUGUGGAGAGGAUGCUGGAGAUGGCGGCCACAGCACCACAAAACUCAGACUUGAGUCUCAUGAACACCACCCUUCCCCUUCCUCCAGAAGAUGCCAUGUCUCUUUCUCUACCGCCCCCAUCUAUGUUCUUCUACACGCCCGACUCUUCGCCACUUCCCCCACCUCCUUCAUGCAUUGAGGAGGCAAACAGUUGGGGGUCUUCAGACUGCAUUUUUUCCCAACCACCUAUUGACUUUGCAGAUAAACCCAUCCUCGUAUCUUCAGUCCCAUGCAAUCAUGUGGUUCCAAACCAGACUGAUCAAGUUAAUAGCCAGUCACAGCUCCCAAGACUACCGCCCAAAAAAUCACGACCCAAUCAGGUGGUUUCAAACCAGACUGAUCAAGAUAGGAGUCAGUCCCAGCUCCCAAGACUACCGCCCAAAAAAUCACGACCCACAAUGGUUUCUCCUGUACACUCCAAUUCAGACUUCUGUCAAAUGCAUGUUUCAAGUCAUUAGUUGCUGGAGUCACACUUAAGUAGUGUGAACUGAAGGCAUGUUUCUAUCGUUUGGACUUUUGUGUUUCGAUGAUAUCAAGUGAACGUAUUUCAAACUUUUAGAUGUUGCAAUGUGUCAUAUACAUGACAGAUCUAAACAGAAUGCUAGAAUGUGUUUUAUCAGUGUGCCAUUCAAAUUUUGUGUGUUGGAAUCCCCCUUUCUAAGGUGAAACAUUUAUAGUUGUAGCAGUUUUCAGAAGAACCAUUUAGCUAGUUGAGCAACCAGUCUUCCAGGUAGUCGUCAUGUGGUUUGAAAUGAAAUGAAAUCCGUUUACUGAGUUACUGAUAUUUCCACUGGUCACCACAAAAUACGUGACAGUGACCAUUAUUUUGUUUGUUUCUGUUGUUUUAUGGGAGAUAUUACGUUCCCCGCAAUUUGAUCAGUUGUUAUUUCUUUAAGUUUCUUUAAGUUUGUAUUUUAUUUUAUUUUUUUAUAUAUCUUGGUGCAAUUGUUUUCUUUUUAAACUUUGGUUAUUUUAUGAAAAUGCAUCUAACGAUGCACAUUAAAUAUGGAGAUGUUGUGGAAAUGUAAACAAGGAUCUUACCACACUGACAUGUGUUCCCUGAUUACAUUGAAAGGUUUUUCAGUAGUCUCUGAUUUGCUCAAAAAGUAAAUUUAAAAAAAGGAAACCUGUAAACCUUAUUGCUGUAUACUGCCCUAUUGUGCCAUCUUGUGGGAGAUGAUGAAGCACAGCUUGGUCAAAAAUUAUAUACUGGGAAAUACAGCCACCACAAUGAAUGUUUAAAUGAAGAAACUGUAUAUUCAGGGUCAUUGUAUGGCUUUGCUGUGUAAUUGUAUAUAGAACAGGUUUGAUUUGCACUUUGUUGUUUGUAUUAAGAGCUUAUAUUUAAUUGCAUUUAUAUUAUGCUUCUCAGGUUAAAUGGUCUUGAUGAUCAGUUUGUUUAAACUUUUAAACAGUUUAAUGUUUGAACUUUGUUCACUUGACUUAUUUGAUUAACAACUAAAACUUUUGUUUUUGUUACAACAAA